CUAAAACUGAACCCCCCAUGUCGAAGUUCAGCCAUUUCCUCUAAAACUUCGUCUCUCAAGAUUUCGGCUCUUUUUGGAGAAAACCAUCUGGCAGUUCAGCCAUGUCGAAGCACAGCAGCAAGUCAUCGGCUGUUAGUUCCGACGAACAGCCGCCAAAGGAAGUUGCUGACUUUAUGAUCAAGCCUCAAAGUUUUACUCCUCCGGUCGACACCUCUCAAUGGCCUAUUCUUCUGAAAAACUACGACCGUCUUAAUGUACGUACUGGUCAUUACACUCCAUUGCCGUCUGGUUAUUUGCCUCUCAAACGGCCUCUUGCUGAGUAUAUCAGGUAUGGCAUUCUCAAUCUUGAUAAACCAGCGAAUCCUUCUUCGCAUGAAGUUGUGGCUUGGAUUAAGCGGAUUCUUCGGGUUGAUAAAACCGGUCAUAGUGGUACUCUCGAUCCGAAGGUUACUGGGAACCUGAUUGUGUGCAUUGAUCGAGCCACGCGGCUAGUGAAAUCGCAACAGGGUGCAGGUAAAGAGUACGUGUGUGUUGCUCGGUUGCAUUCUGCUGUGCCCGAUGUUUCUAAGGUUGCUCGGGCUCUGGAGACGCUCACUGGGGCUGUGUUUCAGAGGCCACCGUUGAUAUCUGCUGUGAAAAGACAGCUUAGGAUUAGAACUAUAUAUGAAAGCAAGCUUCUUGAGUAUGAUGCUGAGAAACAUUUGGUUGUGUUUUGGAUUUCUUGUGAAGCGGGAACUUACGUUAGGACGUUAUGCGUACACUUGGGUUUGAUUCUUGGCGUUGGAGGGCAUAUGCAGGAGCUUAGAAGGGUGAGAUCUGGGAUUUUGGGUGAGAAGGAUAACAUGGUUACAAUGCAUGAUGUGAUGGAUGCUCAAUGGGUUUAUGAUAAUUUCAAGGAUGAAAGCUAUCUGAGGAGGGUAAUUAUGCCUCUUGAGGUUGUUUUGACGAGCUAUAAAAGAUUGGUUGUCAAGGAUUCUGCUGUUAAUGCUAUUUGUUAUGGUGCGAAGUUGAUGAUUCCAGGGCUGUUGAGAUUUGAAAACGAUAUUGGUGUUGGGGAAGAAGUUGUACUUAUGACUACCAAAGGUGAAGCUAUUGCUCUUGGUAUUGCAGAGAUGACUACUGCAGUGAUGGCAACUUGUGACCAUGGUGUUGUAGCGAAGAUCAAAAGGGUUGUGAUGGAUCGAGAUACUUACCCAAGAAAGUGGGGAUUAGGUCCGAGGGCAUCAAUGAAGAAAAAACUUAUUGGGGAAGGGAAGUUGGACAAGCAUGGAAAACCAAAUGAGAACACUCCUCAGGAAUGGCUGAGGAAUUUGGUUUUACCCACUGGUGGGGACUUUUUGGUUGCAAGUGCUUUCGCUACCGAAUCCGCAACUGCUAAGCCUACUGCUGCAGAAGAGUCAGGAAAAGAUGACGGAGGGCGGAAGCGAAAACUAGAUGAAGAUACUGAAGCUGCUCCAGCUAAGAAACUGAAGACUGAGGAAGUUGAAGAAGUCGGGAAGAAAGAAAAGAAGAAAAAGAAGAAAGACAAGGAGAAGGGUACAGCAGAAGAACCUUCUAAUGAGGAGAUUGUUGAGUAUUCAGAGAAGAAGAAAAAGAAGAAGGACAAAGAAGCUAAAGAAGCAGGUACGCCUGAGACACCGAAGUCCGAGAAGAAAAAGAAAAAGAAAGAUAAGGAGUCUGGAAAUGAUGAUUCUCAAUUACCUGCUGCUGAUGUUCAAAAUGGUGAAGCACAUGAUCACGAUGAUGGAAGUGAGAAGAAAAAGAAGAAGAAAAAGAAGAAGAAUAAAGAAGAUGCUGAAGAAUAAGAUGAUCACAUUCUACUUUAUAUUUGGGUAACUCUGAUUGUAUGGCCAUCUAUUUCAGUUUCUAGAUUUUGCGAGUUCUUUUAUUAUGUGCUUCCUGUAGAAUUUUUGUUUCAACAUUUCGACUAAAAAAUGUAGGCUUUUCGAUUCUCCAAA